UCUUCAGGCGACCCGGAAGCGGAAGUUGAAGAAAGUUCUAGUGUUGAGACCUGUGCGAGAGCAGUCGAGUAGCGGGAGGAACCGUUAGCGGUGCUAAAGCUGCCGGUUAAGCCUGAUCAAGAUGACAACGUCCCAAAAGCACCGAGACUUCGUCGCAGAGCCCAUGGGGGAAAAGCCAGUGGGGUGCCUGGCUGGGAUUGGUGACGUCCUGGGCAAGAAAUUGGAGGAAAGAGGCUUUGACAAGGCCUAUGUGGUCCUUGGCCAAUUUCUGGUGCUAAAGAAAGAUGAAGACCUCUUCCGGGAAUGGCUGAAGGACACGUGUGGUGCCAACGCCAAGCAGUCCCGGGACUGCUUCGGGUGCCUCCGGGAGUGGUGUGAUGCCUUCUUGUGAUGCUGUCUGGGGAGCCCUCAAUCCCUAGCCCCAGGGUCCGAGUCUCUAGAGUUCACAGCUGAGUGGGGGCACCUCACUCUCUUCUACAAUGGAAAAGAUUGCUGUUGUCGUACUCACCUGUGAUGUAUUCAAGGGUCUUUUGGGAGUUCUCUCCCCCACAUCAUUUUAACUUUUUGGAAAUGUCACUCUUGCAUGCAUCUCCCUUUCUCAUCCUUCCCUUGCCAAUUCCUUGGCGAUAGUUACCAGCUGUCUUGAGUGGAUUCCCAGUCCUUCUCCCUCA